AAAAAAAAAAAAAAAAAAAAAAAUCGAGGCCCGACGGCUGCCUCGAUUACAAAGUCGAAAUCUCCACCUGGGUCCUAACAAGUCCGACUAAGCCUCAGCCAAAUCGUGCAACAUACAAGGUGAAUUUCCAGCUGUGGCCAACCGCCGUUGAAGAGGACGAAAAACCAAGUCGAAAAAAAAAGAAAGAAAGACGAACAAUAACGGCUAAGCUCGAUUCAUCCUCAAGGGCGUCAGUGGUUGGCCCACGUGAAACACCCACAUAUGCAUGACACCCCGCAAGGUGAGCAGCAUAGCCUCAGAGGGAUGAGAUACAGCCUCAUCUUCAAUGGCUCAUAAGUAGCGCGGCAACCGAGUUCCCCCAACGACAAGAUCUCAAGUUGAUCUCAAGCAACAAGUUGCCAAGACCAUACAAGACAGACAGACAGACAGACAGACAUAUGACGGACAUCAGCAUAGCAAGAUCCUCUUUGGUUUGGACCCUCCAAGGAGUUGCGGCGGCAACGAAAACCCCUGAAGACGCAAUUCAGGCAGUCAUUCAGAGGAUCCCACCCGACACUAACGCGCAAGACCGGGCGGCCAACGCGGUGGACUGCCUCUCCUUCGAACACUGGCAGCACGCCCUCGCCAGCAACUUCCAGGACGCCGGGGAAGAAACCCAGGAUGCAUACCGACUCGUCAACAUCGCCCUCGCCGUAUCGUUCCUCCGAGAAGCCAGUCGGCAAGGCCACCACGCCACCCCCGAUGAUCUGACACGUUGUUGGGACCUCAUCCGAGGAGCCCUCACCACCAGUGACAGGUCGACCCGGCAUCUCUUCACCGCGUCGCGCAGUGCCCAGGGCUUUCUGGCCGUCCCCCUCUGCAGCAUCAUCCAAGCCGGCCGCAUCCAAGAGCUCUUCCGCCUCCACGUCUGGCUCCCGGACGGAAAACGCGGGGACCACGCCCUCGCCCUCGCCCUCCACUCGCAUCAGCCCUUCGCCCAGAGCUGGAUCCUAGCCGGCGAAGGGAAAGACAAAUCCUACCGCGUCGAGCCCGCAGGCAACCCCGACGAAGCCACCCACGCCGGGUACGCCCUCGUCUGGAACGACGGCAAGAGCCGCGACGCCGCCUACAAGACCCAUCAGACCCAUUCCACCGUGGAGCACACCGGCCGCUUCUUCCGCGCCACCGAGACCGCGUCGGCCGUCCACACGCGGAACAUGACCUACUCCAUCCCCGCCAACGCCUUCCACGCCUCCGAGGUCGCCCCGGACGCCCUGCACGCCACCCUCUUCUUCUUCGACGCCCAGCGCGGCUUCGUGCAGGACGCCGGCGUCCUGGGCCCCAAGGACGGCACCUCCUUCACCCAGGUCCGCGACGACGCCACCGUGUCCCCCUCCGUCCUGGCCCGCACCGUCGACGCCAUCCGCGCCUGGGAAGGCCUCGUCGACGAAGGCAGACAACACGCCCAGCGGUCCGAGUGGGAACACGCCCUGCGCGCCUUCAACGCCGCGCUCAUCCUCUGCCAGUCCGACGCCGCCGCCGCCGCCGCUCGGGGGGAGGGGGAGGGGGAGGAGGAGGCGUUGUUCCCCAACGUCGCGCUCUACAGGCAGCGCGUCAUGGGCGAGCUGGGAAAGACGAAUCGGCGGUUCGGCCGCUACGAGACGGCCACGCAGAUCCUCGAGCACGCGGUGGCCGAGAUGGGGCCCAGCGCCCACCGCGUCGAGCUGAGCGGGGAGCUCGGCGUCAAUUGCCGCCACAUGAACCGGCUCGAGGACGCCCGGCGCGCUUUCGAGCACCAGUACGACACGGCGAAACAGCUGGGUCUCGAGACGGAGAUGUGCAGGGCGAUAGGGAACCUCGGCAUGGUCCAUUACCAACUUGCGCAGCGCGACGGGGACGGGGACGGUGGCCUCCUGGACCUCGCCAUCCGGGAGCUCGAAGAAAGAGUCGCCACCGCGCGGAGACUAAGACGGCAGCACGAGAAGAACGAGAACGACGUGCCAACAACAACACAGGGGCCGUCGUCCGACCCGGCGCUCCUCAGCCUCCUCAAGACCUGGGAAACCAUCGGCCUCGCCCGCCUGUCCACCUGCCACUACGCCCGCGGCGCCGUGGACCAAGCCGCCCUCUCCGCCCUCGAAUCCCUCCGGAUGACGCACGACUCCUCCGACGCCACCGUCAAAGCCAUGUCGCGCUUCUUCUACGGCCGCGCCCUCCUCCGCCUCAACCGCCGCAAGGAGGCCCUCAGCCUCUUCAACCUCCCGGGGACCUGCUCCCCCGCCAUCGCCCUCGCCAAGGAACCCUCCGACGAGCACCGCUCCUACCUGCGCGAACUCGUCGCCGCCGGCGCCGACAUGGACAUCGUCGACGAGCAGGGCUACACGGCGCUCGACCACGCCGUCUUCAACGCCGACGUCGAGGCCGAGGCCCUCGUCCUCCAAGGCCUAGCCAAAAACGCCGAGACCAAGAUCGCGGGACGCCGCUCCGAGGCCAGGCUGCGCAAGGGGUACCGCGAGUUGUUCCAGGACCUCAUGCGCCCCGUGCUCCUCAGGCGGGAGAGGCACUGCCUGCGCGACCUGAGGCGCGCGUACGCGGACGCCCUGGCGGCGGAUGACGCCAAGAGGGCCAUGUUUGACGGCAUGUCGUUCCUGCCGUGGCCGGAAUUCGCCGCCCUCGGCCGGUUACCUGGACACCAGGACGGGCUCCGCCGAAAGUCGGUUCCGGGGCAGGGACCCGGGGUGGAAGACCUGGCGGCGGACGUUGUCAUCUUUAUUUCCUACAGGUGGAUCAACGAGACACCAGGUGCCACGUCGCCCGAUGACGAGAACCACACGCAGUACCAGCGGAUGAAACGUGCAGUCGAGGGAUACCUGCAACUUCACCCGUCGGUGGAUCCUCUGAAGCUGGGCAUAUGGAUGGAUCAUGCAUGCGUUGACCAGGAGGAUCCAAGCCUCGGGGUCGCCGCCCUCCCCAUGAUUAUUGCGCAGUGCGAUGCCAUGAUCAGCCUGGUGGACGACCAGUACUACAAGCGUGGUUGGUGUGCGGUGGAAGUGCUCAUGGCCCAGACAUUGAGGAACUCGUACGGAAACCAUCACUGGUAUGAGCAAUUGUGGUUGCCGGCAGCCGAGUCGGGCGACCACCUUGGGGGAGGCGGUUGGCACCUGAGAGAAGGGGCGAAUCAAGAUAUUGUGAUGAAGGAUAAACUGUUGACGUACGAGGAAGACCGCUCCAAGGUCGUGUUUCUGGAAAGGCAGAGCAAACUGCUGGGAUAAGUGAAGAUGAGAAAGACUAAGACAUGCACGGAUGCGAUACCAUUUGUGACCCCUGCUUACACAUUCGUUCCCCGAACUUCCCGUCUAACCAUACUGCAGUUGUAUUGCCCAAUGCCCACCGUGGGCUGGCUACCUCUUACUGCCACCCUCAAAGCGCUUCGUUGAUUUGACGAAAGGACAUGGGGUGGAUC